ACCGCUGAACUCUGAACUCUGUCUUGAUCCCUGUAUUUUCUUGUCUCUACGCAGGCUCUUGGCUGUGUUCUCCAUGGAGCUUUGUUUCUAGCUGUUCUCUGACAAAGAGCUUGUUCUGUGCAGCACAGCUCUCGUCCUCUUUGUUCAGCCUCUGGCUUCAACCACUGAAUCACAAAUAUUCUCCAGCUGGGAAUCAGACAAGGGCAGACAUGAACCCAGAAGCCCAACAGGAUGUUUCAGUUUCCCAGAGAAUUCGCAUGAUGUUUUACAUGAUGAAGCCCAAUGAAACGUCAUUCCAAAUACUGGAAGAGGUGCCUGAUUAUGUAAAACAGGCAACUCCAUUUUUCAUUUCCUUAAUGCUUCUUGAACUGGUCAUCAGCUGGAUUCUCAAAGGGAAGCCACCAGGUCGUUUGGAUGAUGCAUUAACAUCAAUAUCAGCCGGUGUUUUUUCUCGGCUUCCAAGCUUGUUUUCUAGAAGCAUUGAAUUGACCACUUACAUUUAUGUCUGGGAGAACUACAGGCUCAUCAAUUUGCCUUGGGAUUCUCCAUGGACUUGGUAUUUGACUUUCUUAGGAGUUGAUUUCGGCUACUACUGGUUCCAUCGCAUGGCCCAUGAAUGUUGUCUUCUAAUAGAAUUUUAUUCUACUGACAAAGUAUUGAGCUUGAAUUGUCCAGGCAGAGAGAUAAAAGAGGUUAAUAUUAUGUGGGCUGGACACCAAACCCACCACAGUUCUGAAGACUAUAACUUAUCCACAGCACUGAGACAAUCUGUUCUCCAAAUAUAUACUUCCUGGAUGUUCUACUCUCCCUUGGCCCUCUUCAUACCACCUUCAGUAUAUGCUGUUCAUCUUCAAUUCAAUCUUCUCUACCAAUUUUGGAUCCACACAGAGGUCAUCAAUAACCUUGGUCCUUUGGAACUGAUUAUUAAUACUCCUAGCCAUCAUAGGGUUCAUCAUGGCAGAAACCGUUAUUGCAUAGACAAAAAUUAUGCUGGCGUUCUUAUCAUAUGGGACAGAAUUUUUGGGACAUUCGAGGCAGAAAAUGAAAAAGUUGUAUAUGGUCUAACACAUCCCAUAAAUACAUUUGAACCAUUCCAGGUGCAGUUUCACCAUUUAGUUUACAUAUGGACUACAUUCUGGGCCACACCUGGAUUCUUCAAUAAGUUUUCUGUCAUAUUUAAAGGACCAGGAUGGGGUCCAGGUAAACCAAGACUUGGACUAAGUGAAGAAAUCCCAGAGGUCACGGGGAAAGAAGUUCCCUUCUCAUCAUCUGUGUCCCAUCUCUUAAAGAUAUAUGCAGUUGUGCAGUUUGCUUUGAUGCUAGCAUUUUAUGAAGAGACCUUUGCAGAUAAAGCUGCACUAUCACAGGCCACCCUCCUUUUGAGGGUUUGCUUCAUUAUCCUAACAUUGACUUCCAUUGGAUUUCUUCUAGAUCAAAGACCUAAGGCAGCUGUUCUGGAAACUUUCCGGUGCUUGGUAUUCCUAAUGUUGUACAGAAUUGGUCAUCUGAAGCCUUUGAUUCCUUCCUUGUCAUUUGCUUUUGAGAUAUUUUUUUCCAUCUGCAUUGCUUUCUGGGGAGUCAGAAGCAUGAAACAACUUGCCUCCAGCCCUUCAAAAUAACAUAAGUUUGUAUUCAAUUCUUUUGUUUUAAUCAGUUGUCCACAACCAUGUUAUAUUAUGAUUGCAUCUGAAAAUAUAAUCGUAUAAUGAUUAUAUGAAGCAUUUCUUUAAUGAAAGGUAAAUAUGCAUAUUUACUUUUGCUUGCUUUCCAUAUUUGUUAGUUUGUAUUAAAAUUAAAGUCAGCUGAGAUGGCUUUUCUUUAUUGCUAGUGUUGAAAGCAAGUAAUCUCAAAUACAAUAAUGUGACAUUCACCGGUAGCAUCUAAGCUAAUGAGUAUAAGAGAAGUGAGAGAAAAAAGAACAAAGAUUUAAUUUGCACUUUUUGACAACUUCCAUUUGCUAAAGUUGUGCUUAGAUAAAUACUUGUUGUCAUAAAAAUAUAUCACAUUAGUUGUCACUUAGGUCUAUAUUUACCUUUGAAAACCACAUAACCUAAGGAGCUAUGUUACUGAAAAAGACAUCACUGAAAUGGAAAUGAAUAGAAUUUGUCAGAAUGUGUGUAUUCAACAGUUAAUACAUCUGUCUAAUAUGUUUGAUCUGUUUGUUUUGGCAAUUUGAAGAGCAUGCGGUACAAGUAUCCCUGCUCUUCAAAAGCUUACAUUAUGCUUUGCUUUUAUGCAUUAUGAAAGACCAACAUUAGUACCUAUUUUCACCAACUGAAGGAAAUUUUCACUUUUACAAAAAAAGUCAGAUCUUUCAGAAACCUAUAAUUUCAGAAACCUGUAAUUCUGUGUUACAGGAUUCCCCUGUUUUCUGAAAGUAGAGCCUUCUUAUGAAAUCUUUCAUAAGUCAAAAUGGUGUAAAGUGAAGAAGCAAUUACCAUUAAUUUAUAUGGAAAAGUUUUGAGCAUUCCCAGACCCCCCAAAAAAAUCUCUCAUAGAUUUUUCUGAUCCUUUACAACUCAUCUUGCUAAUGGGUGAGGAAAAUAAAUCAGAAAAAAGCACAGAUGCUUAGAGACACAGUUCAAAGCUAUGGCAGCUUGAUGCUGAGUAUAGUUCCCUGGGAAGGAGAUUGACCCAGCCACUCUUACUUCUUCAGGUGUGGGUGGCCUCUAGAACUGCUCACUGCAAAACAAGUGCUGCAUGCUAUUUUUGCUUUACAACAUUUUUUUAUAGAAGCAAAAAUUAUCUUCCUGUUUCUUAUUAGUUAAGGAAAAUGGGUACUAAUAUAGGUCUUUCAUAAAACUGAGGUAGCUUAAUUAAUGCAUAACAUAAAAGUAAGGGAUACCUGUAUUUUAAAUUGUCACAGUACUGUUCAGAAUCUUUCUAAACAAUUUUUAAAAUAAAUUUCUAAAUAAAUUUGUCCUAA